AUGGCGGCCGACGAGCCCGCGCGCGCGACGGAAGCGCCCGUCGCGGCGGCGCCCGCGACGGACGACUCCCCCCACGAAGACGCGGAGGGCGCGUCGGGCCCCGAUCGCGCGCCCGAUCUCAAGCGCGGCGCCCCCGAGGCGGACGACGGCGCCCCCGAGGCGAUCGGGGCCGAUCGCGAGGCGGACGCGCCGUCCCCGAAGCGCGCGAAGACGGCGCCGGCGGAGGAUUCAGGCGCGGAGGGCGCGGCCGCCGCGCCGCCGCCCGCGACGGGGGAGGACCCGCCCGCGCCCGCGACGGCGGAGGAGGAGACGGAAACCCGCGCGCCGUCCUCCGAGGACGCGGACGCGGCCGCAGCCGAGGAGGACGCGCCCGCGCCCGCGCCGGCGAGCGCGACGGCCGCGAGCGCGAACGACGAUCCGACCGCGCCCGCGCCGGCGCCCGCCGUCGCGGGAUCGGACGACGCCCCUCAAGCGGCGUCGGGCGCGCCGAUCGGCGCGGACCCCGCGGAAGCGAUCGCCGCCGCCGCAAAAGCCGCCGCCGCGGAUGCGCUCGCGACGCCCACGCCGGACCCGACGCACGUCCCCAAGACGACGAUCGUGCCGUGCCCGCCGUCGCUCGUCGGGCGCGUCAUCGGCAAAGGCGGCGAGACGAUCAAAGGGUUGCAAGCGCAGAGCGGCGCGCACGUGCAGGUGAACCAGGAUUUCCCGGACGGCGCGAACCGCGAGGUGAUCAUAAGCGGUCCCGGCGGGUGCGUGGACGUCGCGGAGAGGAUGAUACACGAGCUCCUGAGCGGCGAUCGGAACCCGACGACGAGUCCGUACGUCGGGCCGGGGCAGACGAUGCAGAUUUUGGAGUGCCCGAAGGAUGUCGUCGGCAAAGGCGCGUUCUAUGAUAUACACUGGUCCCCAUACGACCGCGUCGGCGUGGUGAACGCCGUUUCUUAA